CACUUCUCAGCUGAGAGUGCUUAUAGUUCAAAUGGAAGACGAUACCGGAGAACGAUCAAGCUUCGUCAUCGGCCUCAUCGAGAAUCGCGCCAAGGAGGUUGGAGUAGCUGCAUUUGACUUGAGAUCAGCUUCACUGCAUCUUUCUCAGUAUAUAGAGACUAGCAGCUCCUAUCAAAAUACAAAGACUUUACUACAGUUCUAUGAACCUCUGGCGAUCAUUGUUCCCCCAAAUAAACUGGCAGCAGAUGGAAUGGUUGGAGUCUCACAGCUAGCUGAUGGAUUUUGUUCCUCCACAAGAAAGGUUAUAAUGAAUCGUGGUUGCUUUGAUGAUACCAGGGGAGCUGUAUUGGUUAAAGGAUUAGCUGCUAAGGAACCGUCUGCUCUUGGUUUGGACUCAUACUACAAGCAAUAUUAUUUGUGUCUGGCUGCAGCAGCGGCAACUAUCAAGUGGAUUGAAGCUGAGAAAGGUGUUGUUGUGAUAAAUCACUCUUUGCUGGUUACCUUCAAUGGAUCUUUUGACCACAUGAACAUUGAUGCCACCAGUGUUCAGAACUUGGAGAUAAUUGAGCCUAUGCACUCUUCUCUUUUGGGCACAAACAACAAAAAGAGAAGUUUAUUCCACAUGCUUAAAACAACUCGAACUAUUGGCGGGACUAGACUUCUGAGGGCAAAUCUUUUGCAGCCUCUGAAAGACAUAGAGACAAUUAACACUCGACUCGAUUGCCUGGAUGAGUUGAUGAGCAAUGAGCAGCUAUUCUUUGGCUUGUCUCAGGCCCUUCGUAAGUUUCCGAAAGAAACAGAUAGGGUCCUUUGUCACUUCUGCUUCAAGCCAAAGAGAGUUACUAAUGAAGUCUUGGCUUCGGAUAACGGAAGGAGGAACCAAAUUAUGAUAUCCAGCAUUAUUCUUCUCAAAACUGCUCUUGAUGCUUUACCGUUACUCUCCCAGGUGCUUAAAGAAGCCAAGAGUUGUCUGCUUGGAAAUGUUUACAAGUCCAUAUGCGAGAAUGAAAAAUAUACUUCAAUCAGGAACAGAAUUGGAGAAGUGAUUGAUGAAGAUGUCCUUCAUACACGAGUUCCUUUUGUUGCACGGACACAGCAGUGUUUUGCUCUUAAGGCUGGAGUUGAUGGGCUUCUUGAUAUGGCCCGUAGAUCAUUUUGUGAUACCAGCGAAGCUAUACACGACCUCGCAAAUAAGUAUCGUGAAGAUUUCAGACUGCCAAACUUGAAGAUCCCAUUCAAUAACAGGAAAGGGUUUUACUUUAGCAUUCCGCAGAAGGACAUACAGGGAAAACUGCCGAGCAAGUUCAUUCAGGUCAUGAAACAUGGAAACAAUGUCCAUUGCUCCAGUCUUGAACUUGCUUCAUUGAAUGCCAGGAACAAGUCUGCAGCUAAAGAGUGCUGGUUGAGGACUGUACUCUGCCUGGACGCAUUAAUGGAUGCAAUACGAGAGGAUGUCUCUGUGCUUACCGUUCUUUCAGAAGUGUUGUGCCUUUUAGACAUGAUGGUGAAUUCAUUUGCUCACACGAUAUCAACGAAACCAGUUGAUAGAUAUACUAGACCUAAUUUUACAUGUGAUGGUCCAUUGGCAAUUGAUUCUGGACGGCACCCCGUUCUGGAAAGCAUAAAUAAUGAUUUCAUUCCAAAUGGUAUCUUUCUUUCUGAAGCAUCAAAUAUGGCUAUUGUAAUGGGCCCAAACAUGAGUGGAAAAAGUACUUAUCUUCAGCAAGUUUGUCUAACUGUCAUCCUUGCUCAAGUUGGUUGCUAUAUUCCUGCUCGGUUUGCCACUUUGAGAGUGGUCGAUCGUAUUUUUACAAGGAUGGGAACAAUGGACAGUCUCGAAUCAAACUCUAGCACGUUCAUGACGGAGAUGAAGGAGACGGCUCUUAUAAUGCAAAACGUCUCCCCUAGAAGUCUGAUUGUUAUGGAUGAAUUGGGGAGAGCGACUUCGUCCUCUGAUGGAUUUGCAAUCGCGUGGAGCUGUUGUGAGCAGCUAUUGGCACUUAAAGCGUACUCAAUAUUUGCUACUCAUAUGGAAAAUCUUUCAGAGCUAGCCACCAUGUAUCCGAAUGUGAAAAUUCUUCAUUUUGAUGUUGAUGUGAGGAAUAACCGCAUGGACUUCAAGUUUCUAUUGAAGGAUGGACUGCGUCACGUGCCACAUUACGGCCUUAUGUUAGCAGGGGUAGCUGGACUACCAAGUUCAGUAGUAGAAACUGCCAAAAGAAUCACAUCUAGGAUUAAGGAGAAGGAAAUGAAGAGAAUGGAGGUGAAUUACAGACAGUAUCAGGACAUACAAUUGACUUACCAAGUGGCUCAACGGCUGAUGUGCUUGAAAUUUUCUGAUCAGGAUGAACAUUCUUUGAGGGAUGCUCUGCAGGACCUCAAAGAAAGCUACUUAAGUGGUAGGCAUAAAGAUAAUUAGAAUUUACUCCUCAUACUUACUUAGGUGGUAGGCAUAAAGAUAAUUAGAAUUUACUCAUCUUUCUUCUAACAUCAAGACUCUGAUCUGUAUAUGCAUCUGGAUAUCCUGGACUAAGAAAACACGUUCAUUGAGAUAACUACUUAAAAGAAAGCGGAAUCCUGAUUUUUUUGUUGAUUUCUAGUGAUGGAUUUGAGUUAACACA